CUACUUGAUUGCAUCAAUGGGACUACAAGCACUCUGGAGCUUGGGACUUGCGUGUCUUGAUGGCUAUGCUUUGAGAAUGAAAAAGGAACUCAACAGUGCUGUUCUCGUGAGCUUAUUCGUUGUUGGAGAUUGGGUGACGUCGAUCCUGUCAUUCGCCGCUUCAUGCUCAGCAGGAGGCGUCGUUGUUCUCUUCGACAAGGAUGCGUACUUCUGCAGCAGGGACCCGCAUCUCCCGUGUGGGACAUUUGAGCUCGCGACCGCGUUUGCAUUCCUUUCCUGGGCGCUUAGUGCCACAUCUGCCCUUGUGAUGUUUUGGCUCCUCGCUUCAUCUUGAUUAGAUUUGUAGGAGCUCUGUCUGUACCUAGCGUUGUUUGGUCCUGUCUGGUUAUAUACCAACUGAUGUUUCAAGCAGACUACAUAGCAAUAGACUGCUAAUUCCAGAGAAUAGAUGGGCAAUGGUGGCAAGUUCCAUGAAGUCUUAAAUAUCAGAGUCAUGCUUCAGUGUUUCGGGCCAA